AAGAGAGACAUACAGCUUGGUGAGACAGGCAGAGAGAGUCCGGAGAAAGGGAGAGGAAAGACUGAGUUUGAAGUCUGGGAGGUUUGAGUUGAGGAUGGACAUGACACAUAGAAGAGACUACAAACAAAAGACUCUAAAUACCUGGAAAAAAUAAACUCGUUUCAAGUAAGGAAUUAUCCUGUUUUCAGAGACGCAAAAAGGACAUUUAACUAGUUGUUUUUCCAGUUUUUCUUUUUUUUUUCUAUUUUGACUUGAAUUUUCCAGAGGGAAAUUUUUUCUACCCUGAAGACCGCAAAGAUAAAAGAGAAGGAUAUUUUCUUAAAAUCUACCUUUUUAAAUAGUGAAGCUAAACUCAAAUUUUCUACCUCAGCCUCAGGAUUAUGGUGGUGUUUGCUCUGUCUGAGGAUCUGAAGGAGGAUCAAAAUGCUGAAAUGUAAAGCUCAUAGUUAUCUCUGCUCCCUGUGGUUCACCUCACUGCUGCUGCUGCUCCAGGAUGUGAGCAGCGCAGCUCCCACAGAAGACCAGUCUGUCCCAUGUAGCAUCUCUGUAUCUGAACCAGUAUCCAGCCUGGACUCCAUAUCACUGACUGUGAACACACCUGGCCAGGACUGCUCCUUCAUCGUGGUGUCUCUGGACGCCGGAGCAGACAACGCUGAAUGUAGUAAAAUAAGAAGAGGAGAUGAGGAGUUAGAGACUAAUGAGAUCGUAGGCAGGGAGCGAGGAGAAGAGGAGGAGGAGGAGGAGGAGGAGGAGGAGGAGAAGGAGGAGGAGGAGGAGGAGGAGGAGGAGGAGGAGAUAGGAGGUAACUAUCUGGGAAGCAACCAGCUAGGAGUCGAGGACGGCAGGAAUAAGGGUGUAGAAGAAGUUUUCACCUGUGUGUUGGAUCACCUGGAGCCUGGGACCGCCUACCUGCUGCAGGUUCAAUCCCAGAAGGACGAGGAAACGGCAAACCUCACCCUGCACACCAGGCCGUUAGCAGUGAGUGACCUGGCACUGACCUCCAGGACUUGCUGCAGCCUAGGUCUCUCCUGGCAGGCCAGCCCCGGCAGGACGCAGCGCUUCAGGCUGCAGCUGUGGGAACGACCUCAGAGUCCGGAUCACUCUGGUCUGCUGAAGAACGACACGUUGGAGAGCACGACGACACAACACACGCUCGUCGGCCUGACGCCGGGACGACUGUACAACGUUACCGUGGUGACGGAGGCGGGCGAUCUGCAGAACAGCAGGACGAUGGAGGCCCAGACAGUUCCCUCUCCUGUUUCCAACCUCACCGCUGACUGUAGCAACAGCACGAGCCUCUUGUUGUCAUGGAAACAGCCCAAAGGCGACCUGGACGCGCUCAUCGUCGCCCUCUCGACCAAUGGCACGAGUCGCUGGGAGACGACGCUUCCUCCUGACGCCACAGAGGUCGUCGUCGAUCACCUGACUCCCGGCUCGACCUAUCAGCUGGCAGUAACGUCCAGGAGUGGCGAGCUGACGAGCCAAUCGGAAAUCACCGCCAGCACAGCUCCAGCAGCGGCGUCCCUCCUCUCCCUGUCUCCCUCCUCCGGGGGCCUCCUCCUGUCUUGGACGCCCCCCUCUGGCCACUGGGAGAGCUACAGGCUGUUCCUGUUUGACGGCUCCCAGCAGUUAGUCAGUACCACUCUGGACCGGGAGGAGGUGAAGUUCGUCUUCCCUGGGACGGUUCUAACGCCCGGGAGGACGUACAGAGCCGUGCUGAGGGUGGAGAGCGGAGGAUUGACGGCUGAGAGCAGCUGUGAAGGAUCAACAGUUCCCGCUCCCGUGCUGGACCUCCACGUCCGACACUCGGACGAGACCUCGCUCAGUGCCAUGUGGAGCCACGCCCCCUCCGGGUCACGUGACAGCUACUUCCUCACCAUUCGCCACGAUAAUGUCACUGUGGAUACCAGGGAGGUGCAGCCGGACAUGAGGGAGUGCACGUUCAACGUGCUCACGCCUGGGACACGGUACACCAUCACCGUGACAACCAGGAGUGGGAAACUGAACACCUCUGUGUCACUGGAGGGAAGGACAGUUCCCAUGGCGUUGAGCACCAUCAAUCUGAGUAGCUCAGGGGUCGACAGUCUCCAGGCAUCAUGGGAAAAACCGCCAGGACAAGUGGACUCGUACGCACUGACCCUGCUGCAAGACAGUGUCGUGGUUCAGAACUUCAGUGUCCCCGUUGGUUCCUCGUCCCGGCUGCUGGCUGGCUUAACGCCUGGCGCCCUCUACAGGCUGCAGGCCGCCACCGUCAGCGGGGGGCUGCAGUCUAAAACCACCAGCCUGGAGGGGCGCACAGCCCCAGCAUCCGUCUCCGAGGUAACGGUUUCUAACGGCGGCAGGUCUGAUGCUCUGCAGGUGUCGUGGCGUCCGGCGGUGGGCGUGGUGGACAGUUACCUGGUUCGUCUCCAGGACGGGAGCGGAACAGUCCACACGCUCGCCGUGUCGCGCUCCUCGCUGCCCGAGUGCUCCUUCAGCUCACUGGUCGCCGGGCGACUGUACUCUGUCGUCAUAGUAACGAGGAGCGGCAGCCUGGAGAACGCCACCACGGUUCAAGAACGAACACAACCUGCCACUGUGCAAAACCCAACAGCUGUUCACUCUGCAAGGGAUGACUUCCUCAAGGUGUACUGGCGUCCUGCAGCAGGACAUCUGGACCAUUACGUGGUUCUGAUCCGUUACAACCACAGCGUCCUGCAGAACAAGAGCGUCUUGGCCGGACACAACGAGUGCGUCUUCUCAUCUCUGACGCCGGGGAGACUCUACACCGUCACCGUGGAAACCUGGAGCGGAGGCUACGUCAGCAGCGUCUCCACCGACGGACGCACCUUUCCAGCUGCUGUGGGAAAUCUGUCGCUAGGCAACGCGGGAACAGGUGAUCUGAAUGUCACCUGGAGCCCCGCCACUGGAGACGUGGACCAUUACGAGGUCACUCUGCUCUUCAACGACACCCGGGUUUUCCCUCCAGUCACGUUGGGCAGCAAAGUGGGGCAUCUCCGGCUGACCUCUCUGACCCCUGGGCGUCUUUAUAAGAUCGUGGUGUCGACGUUCAGCGGACCAAACCAGAGACCCCAGUUCAUUGAGGGACGGACAGUUCCCAGUCCAGUAGGGAACCUCCACAUGGCUCCUCGACCUGGUCUGAAGGACUCUGUUGGUGGGCUCCUGGUCUCCUGGACACCCGGAGACGGAGACCUGGACAUGUACAUCGUCUCCCUGUCCACCACGGGCGGUGUCGUCGAGACGCGUCCCGUCCCCAAACACGUCUCCUCCCUGGACUUUCUGGAUCUGAUCCCAGGCCAUACCUAUACCAUCACCGUCCAAUCACUGAGCGGGAAGCUGACCAACACCAACACGGCCACCGGCAGGACAGCUCCAGCCAGUGUCACGGCCCUGCAGGCGGACAAUGACCACACCACCCACAGCCUCACCGUCACCUGGGAGAGGCCGGUGGGCGUUUACGACGGCUACAGUCUGCAGUUGGAGGACGAGGCCGGCGCCAUCGUGGCCGAUCGGUCGGUGUCCGCGGAGAGUCGAAGCGAGCGGCUGGAGGGUCUGACCUCGGGGAAACGUUAUCGUGUGAGGGUGGCGACGCUGAGCGGUGGAGUGAGGUCUCUGGAGGCCACAGCGGAGGGACAAACCCGUCCGGCUGCAGUCAGCAAUCUGACGGUCACUUCGGCCAACACCUCCUCCCUCUCCUUCUCCUGGCGUCCUUCAGACGGCCGCGUCGAAAUCUAUGACCUGUCGCUCUACAGCGUCGCCGAGGCAACAGCCAGUCACAGACAGGAGCAUCACCAGGCCGUAGGUGAGCUGGUGGACCUGCAGAAAGUGGGUUCAGCCGCAGACACCUGUGUGUUCUCGGGCCUGAGAGCGGGAAGUUUGUACAGGCUGCAGGUGGUGAGCUGGAGCCGGGGCAUGAACAGCGACUCCUCUGUGCUCGCCAGAACUGUCCCGUCUCCGGUUUCGUCUCUUCAGGUCCAGAGUUCAGGACGGACGGACAGACUGACAGUCAGCUGGCAGCACGGAGAGGGAAGCUGGAGCAGCUAUCAGGUGGUACUGUACGACGUUUCUGGAGCCACUCUGGGGGCACCCACGCUGGGGGCGGAGCACAGGAGUCACAUGUUCCCAGGGCUGAUCCCUGGUAGGCUGUACCGUGCGGAGGUCAUCACACACAGCGGGGAGCUGACCAAUAACAUCUCAGCUUUCGGACGCACCUCUCCAGAACCACCCACCCACCUGUCCGUCAAACAAGGACCAACCAAUGAGACGAUACAGCUGUUGUGGUCUGGUCCCGCCUCCGGGGACUACAACAACUUCAGCCUUGAGUGGACUCCCCCUGAUCACCUGUCAAUCACACAGACUCACCUGACCGGGUGCGUGGUGAGCGGGAUGUUUCCGGGGCGACAGUAUAACUUCACCGUGACGACCGUCAGCGGGGACGGGGCCGGAGGCGGGCCCACAGUCAGGAGCCACCCAAUCCAGAGGAGCGUCAGGACAAGUCCGUCUCCUCUGAAGUCCAUCCACUGCUUCCCCCGCUCGUCCUCCUCCCUCUCCUGCUCCUGGUCGCCUCCGCUCUCCGACUUCGACUCCUACGAGGUCGAGUGUCGUCGCCACGACGACGGGGAGCUGACCUCGGCGCUGCGGCUGGCCGGGGGCGUCACUGCGGUAACGCUGGACCGCCUGGAGGCUUACAGGAAGUACUCGGUGACGGUCAGAGUGUCUUCGGUCGGACAGACGAGUCCACCGGCAACACAAACCACCGUCACCAUGAUAGACCGUCCUCCGGUCCCGCCCCCCAGCGUACGCGUCAGCGAGAGGUCGUCGAAGGUCACCUCGUCCUCCAUCUUGUUCCGCUUCAACUGCUCCUGGUUCAGCGACGCCAACGGAGCCGUUCGAUACUUCGCUGUGAUCGUGGCCGAGUCUGACGCCACCGAGCCCCUGCAGCCGGAGCAGCGCCACCCUCUGCCCUCCUACCGCGACUACAUCAGCAACUCCUCCGUCCGAGUCUAUCAGACCGCGUACUUCCCCAGCCGCUGUCCGCAGGACACCGACACCUCUGCUGGACAGGUGGUGGAGGUGAACCUGGGGGCAGGAGGGGACCGACUGGGCGGGGCCUGUGACCAUUACCACGACGACGACCUCUACCGGAGCGACAGCUACGGCGGCUUCUGCGACGGGCCGCUGAAAGCCAAAACAUCCUACAGGCUGAGUGUUCGAGCUUUCACCAGACUCUUUGAUGAAAACCACAGCGAGUUUCCUCAGCCGCUCUUCACAGACACUUACCUGUCCACACCGCUACGGACACACGCAGAGCCUCUAGGUGGCGUGGUGGAGGGUUUGAGUGCCGGGAUGUUUCUGAUCGGUAUGAUGGUGGCCGUCGUCUCUCUGCUGGCUUACAGGCAGCGGCUGCGCAAAGUGGCGGUGCAGGAGAACCCGGUGGUGAGGAUGAGCAUUUGGAAAGAGGUCCCAGUCUCAGGAAUAUAUAUGGGCGUCAGGAGUAAUCGUCGGGUCACCAGUCCGAUCAAAGCCUGUCACUUCGAGUCCCAUCUGACCAAGCUGCAGGCCGACUCCAACUACCUGCUGUCUGAGGAGUUUGAGGAUCUGAAGGACGUGGGCCGCAACCAGACCAUGGAUAUCGCCCGGGUGCCAGAAAACCGAGGAAAGAACCGCUACAACAACAUCCUGCCAUAUGAUUCUACCAGAGUGAAGCUGUCGUACCUGGAGGACGACCCCUGCUCCGACUACAUCAACGCCAGCUACAUACCUGGCAAUAACUACCGCAGGGAGUACAUCGCCACGCAGGGCCCGCUGCCCGGCACCAAGGAUGAUUUCUGGCGGAUGGUGUGGGAGCACGGCGUCUACAACGUGGUCAUGGUGACGCAGGGUGUGGAGAAAGGACGGGUGAAGUGUGACCAGUACUGGCCUACAGACAGAGAGCCUCUGUACUAUGGGGACCUGGUCAUUCAGAUGCUGUCGGAGUCCGUCCUGCCGGAGUGGACCAUCCGAGAGUUCAAGAUCAUCUCGGAGAGCAGCUGCAGCUACCCCCGGAUGCUGCGUCACUUCCACUACACCGUGUGGCCCGAUCAUGGAGUCCCGGAGAGCACCCAGUCCCUGAUCCAGUUCGUGAGGACGGUCCGGGACUACAUGGACCGAUCGCCGAGUACUGGAGCCACCGUCGUACACUGCAGUGCUGGUGUCGGGCGCACAGGGACGUUCAUCGCCUUGGAUCGGGUUCUGCAGCAGUUGGACUCUAAAGGAACCGUCGACCUGUACGGCUGCGUGUUCGACCUCCGCCUGCACCGCCAGCACAUGGUCCAGACCGAGUGCCAGUAUGCCUUCCUGCACCAGUGUGUACGGGACGUCCUGAGAGCCAGGAAGCAUCGCAGCGAACAGGAGAAUCCUCUCUACCCCAUCUAUGAAAACUUCAACCCCGAGUACUGCCGCGAUUUCAUGUACACCGGACGCUAAACGGACCACCACAUCCGCCCGAUGAAGAGAGGGGAAACCUUUCUGCGUUUUCUCGCUCUGACGUUACCUUCACACCGGACAAAACAGGGAACAAUCUGUAAUGUAAAGAGUAAGCAAGUGAAGAAAACACAAAAUGAUACGUGAUGCUCGUCAAUUUUUACUGUGUAUCACUGCUUUCACAUCAACUUCUUGACCUCUGGAAGUCUGCUGGCACCAGAACUACAGCAAAUCGAUUGGAUCUUAAAUGUUUGCUAGGGUUACAGAGAAGCUUGUUGAUUAGCCACAUUCUAGUCGUAUUUUUGCCUAAAAACCUGCCAGAACCAUGUGGAAUAUUGUGGUUAACGAGUUUUCUGAAGCGUCGUAGGUGGAGAUGGGGUUCGAAAGUAUUUUAUUAAUCUGAAUCCUUUUGAGGAGUUUCCUUGGUGGGGCAUUAAGACGGCUGUACUGUUUUUAGUGCUGCAGCUGCAGAAGUAAAAACAACACAGUGAAAAAAGCAGGUUGCGUCGCCUUCUCACGUCAGCAAAAGUAACGCAAGGUUUUACCGUAACACAUUUUUAAACAAAGGACUGGUUGUUCCCCCUAAUUGGAACGUUGAAUCCGGGUCCGCCGCGUUUGUUGUCAACAGCGUCGCCAGUCUUUGCUUUUCUCUGCCGGUGUCGGAGAGAGAGAGAGAGAGAGAGAGACGGGCAGAACGAGACUGAGAGAUUCGGUAAGGAAACCGGUCGGCCGCUGAGCUCAACAAAUCCGGGUGUUUUACCACCUCGGAACCAGAUCCGACAUAGGAACCCAUCCCCAGUCGAAAAGGAAACUCGGGUCGAUCUCAGGUCGUUGGUGUUAAAGGUGAUUUAUUAAAAAGGUGACGGCUCACUAGCUGUCCUCGAUAUAGACUCAUCACAGGGAAGGAAAGAGCCAUCUAUUUUUUAUACCCUCUAUUAUUACUGUAUGUUGUCACUCACUGCUCCAUAUAAGCUGUUUAUUUAAAAGGUUACACACAUUGCUGUAUGUAAAUAUUGAUGUAAUACUCUUUUUUUUUUUUUUUUCAUACGACAAUGAAUAUAUACUUUGUGUUGACAAUUUUAAUGCUGGGUAGUAUUUAGAUAUUUCCAUCGUUUCAGUAGCUGCAAGCAAUUAUAACCUGCUGUAUUCAGACUUACUGCUUUUCAAUACUUUGACUACGGUGGCCUACGUUUAAACCUUUUUUUUUGGGUCUAAAGUUAACGAGUAAUAUGAAAGCAGAAGUCUGAAUACAAAAAGAAUUGCCCCUUUUUUCCCUGUUUUUAAAACGCAUUACUAAUUGACUGGAGUUCAGUUGUAAACUUACUUUUUUGGACAAAAAUAUUUGCUAAGUUGUUAAAAAUCUGAGAAAUGUGACUUUUUUUUUUGUUUUUGUUUGAUUUUUCUUUUGAAAUUCGAGCAGUAUUAAAUAUUUGAAAAUCCCUCCUGGUGUUUUGACUUGACUGCUGGAGGCUUUUAAAUGAUUUCUGCUCACACAGGAUGUGUUUUUAUUGAUUUAUUUUUUAUUUUUUUGUAAAGGACAUAAUGAUAAUUGGUUUUGAAUUUCUGGAAAAUAAUACAGGGCUGGGCUAUAAUUCAAUUAUUUUCUUUCAGCAGAAACUAUUAUUAUUUACUAGUAUUUAGUAGUCUAACAAUUAGCCAUUAAAGAUUUUGAUUACACAUUUUUUCUGAUGCAAUACUUAAUACCACAUGGAUUAUUUUAUGUAUGAUUUUGCAUACAUCUGUUAUAUAAUGAUAUCGAUUUAGGCCAUAUCACCCAGCCCUGAGAGAAUGUAUGAAGCGGUUUUUAGAACUUGCUCUUCCACUGCUGUCAGAUCACUGUAACCUGGAUUAUAAAGUGCUAAUUAAAAGUAGCUGCCAAACUGUU